GCUUGGAUAUUUCGGCUCUUUUUCCCCUUCGCCAAUGCAAACGGAAAUAUGCAGCGAAGCUUCACCAUCCUCUACACCAGUUUACUGGGGAUGUGCUUGGGAUCCAGCUCAAGUUUCCCAAGUAACAUUAAUAUAGGAGGAUUGUUCCCCACAGAAUCGCACGAAUAUGAGGUUUUUCGCUUCGCCCUCUCUCACCACCAGGACAUCCCCAAACUGGUGCCGCAGGUGGAUCAGGUCAAGGUGGGGAAUAGCUUCUCCAUGACAUAUGCCUUUUGUUCCCAGUUCUCCAAAGGUGUGUACGCCAUCAUCGGCCUGUACGACAGGAAGACGGUCAACAUGCUCAUGUCCUUCUGCGGAGCGCUGCACGUCUGCUUCGUCACGCCGUCCUUCCCCAUCGAGACGGCCAACCAGUUUGUCAUCCAGCUGAGGCCCGAGCUCCAGGACGCUCUGGUGGGAGUGAUCGACCACUACAAAUGGAACAAGUUUGUCUACAUGUACAGCUCUGACUCCGGCCUGUCAGUGCUGCAGAAGGUUCUGGACACGGCAGCGGAGAGGAACUGGCUGGUGACCUCGGUCAACGUGGAGACCAUGACGGAGGCCUCCUUCUUGAAAGUUUUCCAGGAUUUGGACAAGAGGAAGGAGGGCCAGAUCAUCAUCGACUGUGAGACCGAGAGGCUCACCGGCAUCCUCAAAAAGAUUGUUGAACAAGGCAAGAAUGCAAAGAGCUACCACUACAUCCUGGCCAACCUGGGUUUCCUGGACAUCGACCUGACAGAUCUGAGGAAAGGCGGGGCGAACAUCACCGGCUUCCAGCUCGUCAACAACUCCGAGCCCGUCGUCAGCCGCGUCGUCCAGCAGUGGCUGGAGUUUGACAACAAAGACUCCAAAGUGCCCAAGAGUGGACUCAAGUACACAGGCGCUCUGACCUAUGACGGGGUGAAAGUCAUGUCCACGGCCUUCCAGAAUUUAAGGAGACAGAGGAUAGACAUCUCUCGCAGGGGCAACGCCGGAGAGUGUCUCGCCAACCCACCAGCUCCCUGGGGACAGGGCAUAGACAUCCAGAGAGCCUUGCAGCAGGUCCGUAUAGAUGGAUUGACUGGUCACAUUCAGUUCAAUGAGAAAGGCCGCAGAACUAACUACACUGUUAGCGUCAUGGAGCUGGCCCCGUCUGGACCAAAGAAGGUUGGCUACUGGAAUGAAGAUGAAAAGUAUGUGACGACCGCCAGCUUCGUGAGACUCAGCAAUGAAACCUACGGCCUGCAGAACAGAACCUACAUAGUCACCACGAUCUUGGAGUCUCCGUAUGUGAUGCUGAAGAAGAACCACGAGGGGCUUGUAGGAAACGACAAGUACGAGGGCUACAUAGUCGAGCUGGCUGCAGAGAUAGCCAAACAUGUGGGCUACCAGUACAAACUGAAGGUGGUUUCAGACGGCAAAUAUGGAGCCAGGGAUCCGGAAACCAAGAUGUGGAACGGCAUGGUGGGAGAACUGGUGUAUGGGAAAGCAGAUGUGGCUGUGGCUCCUCUGACCAUCACCCUGGUCCGCGAAGAAGUGAUCGACUUCUCCAAGCCCUUCAUGUCCCUGGGUAUCUCCAUCAUGAUAAAGAAACCCACCAAAUCCAAACCUGGCGUGUUUUCCUUCCUGGACCCGCUGGCUUACGAGAUCUGGAUGUGCAUCGUGUUCGCCUACAUUGGCGUCAGCGUCGUCCUGUUCCUCGUCAGUCGAUUCAGCCCGUACGAGUGGCACGCCGAGGACUACGAGGAGGGAGCUGAGCCGCAGACUCCCACCCAAACAUCAGCCUCCAACGGGGUGCAGCAGGGCCAGACACAGACGCAACAAAACACCAACCAGCAGAGCCCCGAGCAGACCAACGAGUUCGGCAUUUUCAAUUCCCUUUGGUUCUCGCUGGGGGCCUUCAUGCAGCAGGGCUGCGAUAUCUCACCACGCUCUCUGUCUGGCCGCAUCGUUGGAGGCGUCUGGUGGUUCUUCACCCUCAUCAUCAUCUCAUCCUAUACUGCCAACCUGGCUGCCUUCCUCACAGUGGAGAGGAUGGUGUCUCCUAUAGAGAGCGCCGAGGAUUUGGCCAAGCAGACGGAGAUCGCCUAUGGAACGCUGGAUGCCGGCUCCACCAAAGAGUUCUUCAGGAGGUCGAAGAUCGCCGUGUUUGAGAAGAUGUGGUCCUACAUGAAGGCGGCCGACCCGUCCGUGUUUGUCAAGACCACAGACGAGGGCGUGAUGAGAGUCAGGAAGUCCAAGGGCAAGUAUGCCUACCUGUUGGAGUCCACGAUGAACGAGUACAUAGAGCAGAGGAAGCCGUGCGACACUAUGAAGGUGGGAGGAAACCUGGAUUCUAAAGGUUACGGCAUCGCCACGCCCAAGGGCUCCCCUCUCAGAAACCCAGUAAACCUGGCAGUUUUAAAACUGAACGAGCAGGGCCUCUUGGACAAAUUGAAAAACAAGUGGUGGUACGACAAGGGAGAGUGCGGCAGCGGGGGCGGGGACUCCAAGGACAAGACGAGCGCUCUGAGCCUCAGCAAUGUGGCGGGAGUCUUCUACAUCCUGAUCGGCGGCCUGGGCCUGGCCAUGCUGGUGGCGCUGGUGGAGUUCUGCUACAAGUCCAGGACCGAGUCGCGCCGAAUGAAGCAAUCCAUCAACGACGCCAUGCGCUGCUCCUCCCUGACCAGGAUGAGCGGCAACGGGAGCGGCGGCGAGAACGGACGAAUCCUCACCCACGACUUCCCCAAGACCGUUCAGACGCUGCCCUGCAUGAGCCACACCGCCAGCAUGGGAUUGGGCGCCUCCGGCAUGUGAUCUCGUCACGUGACUGGUGCUGGCGGCGAGGAAUAGGCAGGGCAGGGCGGGGCAGAAGAAGAGCACAAGACUCUUAAUGACCUCAAAAAUCAUGGCCGUCUGGUUUGACCCAUCUAUCCUCCUGGCUGUCGACGCUCUCCGACUUGAACUUAACCUACUGCCAAAAUGCACUCUCGAAACCGCUCCUCACAAACUACGAACACAAGACUCGCAACAUUUUUUUUAAAUCAGUGGAUGUUUGAAAAAGAGAUUAAAAAGAAGGGAAAUGUGCUGCAAUAAAGAAGCCGUCAACGCGGGCGUGUUUUUGAAUUUUUUUACCGUGUUCGUUUGUGUGAAAAAAAACAAAAAAAACUUUAUUCUUCAGUGUGACGCCUGCGCUGUGCCAUUUCGACGGAGCUGUUGACGUUAGUCCACGUGUGCAAUAUCUUCACCUCCACUGCUGACCUUGUACUACCUAGAUGCUUUCUGAUGGCCGACGGUCUUUGCACAGAUGUGGCAGAGGGAGGACAAACACUUGUGACUGCGAACAAUGAUUUAAUAUUGUUUUGGGACAUUCCCGCUCUCUUUCACUCCCACAUUUACACGCCAUUUUUGGAAGGACAGAGUGCUCUGUGUAGCAUAGCCAGUUUUUAUGAUAUAUUAUAUGGUUUACACUGUCGUUAUAGCGCAAAGAGCUUUGUCAGAAGUAGUUUGAUUUCUCCUCGACUGAAGGUUAACGCUGUUUAUAUCAGCGGUUGACGACAACAAACAUGCAUUGCUGCUACACCUCAUUUAACACAUCAUGCCUUGUCUUUGUGCCAUACGACCAUUCUCAUACAGAUACACUUGUUGCUACAGGGGUCAUAUGUUUGACCAACCGAUUGAUAGAGUUUUACUAUUUAAUGAUCACAAAAACAGUCGGACGGCAGAUUCAGAAAUGCUCACUUUGACCUGAGAAAGGUUACAGAAUAGAGAAAACACACGACACAUUACUCUGUGGCUAUGUACAGUACUGAGUGACCUUACACUGUAUUCUACUGUUGUGACAUUCAUAGCAUAUCCAUUGAUAUACUAGGGAGUCUGUUUGCAGCACACGUUAAAGAGCAGAGAUCGACAAAUUCAGAUAUAAUCUGGAGAAGAUGUUCCUCAAACUAUUGUUGGAGCUGCAUAUUUCACUCCCUCCUCCUGUGAUGUGUUUCCAGCUGUAUUCAGUUUUAAUGAAAUGGGCAGCGCGGCUGUUCACUCUCAAUUUAUUGAGAUCCCCCGCAGAUCGUGCGUGGCCUAUAAAAAGAAAAGUUGACCUCCUCUGGCUAGCUCAGGAAGGAGGCGGGCGGGGUUGAAACACUUGGUUUGACUGACAGAUUCGCAGCCACUUUUAUCUGUGUUUGGUUGGAUGUCAAGGUUACGCUGGUCACCGCGGCGCUCGGCUGCAGAGUUCUCCCUUUCAGAUCACGUCGAGUAAACAGAAAUCGGAGUGGCAGGCCCUGAACAGUCGAGGGCAAAAACGGCAAAGGGCAGACAGCCUUGGUUUGGUAUGAAGGCCUUAAAAGAAAAUUCCACCUGAAAACAUUUCAUUACUCAAAAUGACUAUUAGUGAUGAACUUUGCAUUUCUUGACCCGUUGUGUCGAUUAGUGGUGUAUUUUAUGAGUGACUGACCAACAUUGACAACAACAGAAAUCAGACUUAAGGUCAGGUUCUGAUUUAGGAUGAAAGGACAAUUUAAAGAACAGAAAAAGAAUAAGGCUGGCAUGAUUAUAUAUUUUUCUUAUUGUCAACAAAUCCCACGAAAGGACAUACAACAAUACGCUGUCAUGUAUUUCUGUGAAGCAGAGAGGAUUUAACAACAUUUGACACAGUUGUGGGGUUGUUGUCGAUGUUGUUGAUCAAACCGCACCCAUGCAGUCCUGAUAAAGCGGAUUACUUUGUUUUAAAACUCUUAAUAAAUAACAUUUAAAGGUUCUCUAUAUGAUAUUCAGACCAUUGAUACAGCAGCAAACAACUAUUUGCUAUGUAAAGAUAUACAGGAGUAAUGUCUACCUGAGCAGCAAAUGAAGUCGCUGUCCCUCUUUGUGUGUUGUAAUCUGAGUUUCUCGCUUUGUUGACAUCGCCGGGCCGGCUGCGCAUGCUUUUAGUGCAUGUUCGUGCAUGUGAACGUGUCCCAUUGGCUAGCUCACGGCCGCCGCUCUGCACUGCUGUCAUACGAUUGUUGCAGAUGAUAACACCGUCCCGACUGAUGGCGCCAUUGCAGAAGCAUUGCACUCACCCUGUGGUUCCCCCCUAACACUGUUAGCUCUGUCAGCAGUGUUGCUGUUGUUUUCACGUUUAACGCUGUUAGCAACGUUAGCUACGUCGCCAUGUUGAGAGCCGUGCGGAGGCAAUAGAAAUGCUUCUAUCCUUGCAUUUAGCACCUUUAAAAACGUUUCCGGACUUAAAAUUUCUUAAUGAAUAUAUUAUGUUCUGAUGGGAUUUAAUACUUUCUUAUCUCCCUGACCGGUCUGUGACGCUCAGCCAUAAGCCCAUUUAUUCCUACAGAAGUACAUAUUUAAAACAGCUCAUAAAUCUAUAGUUUAACUUUUAAAAUUUGCUCAGUAUUUUUCUAAAACGACUGGGCACUGUAGUUUUUAGCAAACGUUGCUCAAACAGGAGUAAAUAGUGCAUUUGCUGGGGACUAUUUUCAGUAGUGGAUUAAUACACAUUUGGUGCGCUAGUGACUAUAUAUAGCAGCCUGACUGUGUGGGAUUUACUUAAAAUAAACUACAGUGCCCGUGUUCAUAAGGUGAUGACGGAAAAUGUCAGCAAAGGAUUAAGUUACAGUAUAUCAGGCUUUGAUUACACUGGCAGUACUUGUUUUGUAAAAAUCGAUUCAUUCUUGGUUUCGGUCUUUUCAUGGGAAAUGUUGACAACAACAAAAACAUUGAAUGUCGCCAGCGUUAUCCUUUAAACUCAACAGGGUUGCAGGUGAAAACUGCCAAAGCAGGAAAGAAACCAAUAACAGCUUUUUCACAGUGCAUCACAGCCAGAGGCGAUGUAAAGGGUACGUUCUGUGCCUUCUUCUAACUCUAGCAUCUUUUCCUCUCACCUCUCACUUUCCCUCUCUACACCUCCAAAAAUAUUCCACUGCAGAGUACAGACAUUUCAGAUACCUGGGUGAUCAGAAAUAUAGGAAAUUAUCAGGUUAAAUCGAAGCAGAUGAAGCAUGUUGAGGGAAAAAAUAGCAGUAAUUCAUCACAACAUACGUCCUGAAAUGCACUGAACAUCAUCAUCAUCAUCAUCACACUAAGAGUCCAACAGUGUCCAAAGGUGUGAUUUUACUUUAAGGUGACUGGAAGGUUGUUGCUUGAAAUGGGAUUUUCACUGCUGUUGGACGCCAGAGGUCAGCUUUAGAUUAUGUACCACACACUCUAGCUGACCUCUCGCUUCCCAGCAGAGGCCAAGCGCCUGUACAAAGGCAGCACUCAUCCCCUGCUUCCACAGCUGGUCGUCGUGUAUUAUUUUUCUUCUCCUCUGAGUUUCUGCUUUAAAGAAUACGGUACCAAAUCUAAUGUAUGACCUAUCUCUUUCUCUACAUCGUCAUACAAGCGGGAAAAAUGGGCAGUCAGAGUUUACUGAAAUCAUACAUAUCUCCACCUAUUAUGUAUAUAAAAGGCUUUUCUCUUCCCCCAGUGAAAAUAUUCGUUCCGCUCCCGAUCAUGCCUCCGUGUACCUGAAUUAGUUACCCACUGUACCGCGUGAGUACUUUUCCUUUCUUCCCUCAUCUACGCGUCUUCUUUUGCUGAUGUUGUACUAAUUAGAACACGACACAGCACUCUUCAGCGGAGGCUUUACCUUCAGACAGAUGUUUUAUAUGCCAUAACAGAUUUGUAAAAAAGAAAAAAAAAUGAAUAAAAAAGACACUCAAUGUUUGUAUUAUAAGGAGAACUGGGGUGCCGGAAAAGUGUUAUACACUUUGAAGAGUGUAAAAAAUAAAACACACACACACACACACACUGGUGUUGAAUAAUCUGUAGACGCUAAUGUUGUUUAAAGACAGUUUUGAGUUCAUUUAAUUUUAUUCUUUUUUUUGCAAUUUCAAAAAGGAUUUCCUGUUGGUGUUUUUUAAGUGCUUGAGAUUUAACACCAUUUGAAUAUUUCUUUGUCGUUUUCCUUUUUCACAGUAUUUUACUACUGGAAUCUAAUCACCAGUUCACCAGAAACAUCAUUAUUGUUGUUUUUUUAAACUAUGGAAAGGAUGUUGCUCAGUUUUAAAAAUUAAGACGGUGGUCAAUAAAUGGGUUCACAGUUUAAAAAAAAAAAAAAAAAAAGUAAAAGAAUACAACUAGGAAUCAGACUUUUGGGAAAUAAACUUUUUUUUCUAACCAAAGUGUCCUGGAAGGAAGUCAUCAUGCUUUUGUAACCGAAUAAAGGAAUAAACUAUG